UUAUAUCCAGGGGUAAACGUUGACUAGUUCAGUUGGUGGAAACUCCUUUAUGUCUUGGUCUACAUUUAGGGGGCAGAACCGGUGCUUCUUCAUUGAUGGCUGAACUGGGGCCAUUUCUGAGCGUGAAUGAGGGCUGAGAAGGACUGGGAGAUCAGCCUAGAUGAUCACAGUAGUCCCUUCUGGCCUUGGAACCUAUGACUCAAUGGACUCAAGGCUUGCUGGGAUGGGGAAUGAAGAAUUCAACUUCGUCUCCUAAAUGGGCUGUCCCAUAUGAUGAUGUCCUCAGCAGCAGAAGCCACCACAGCAUUCCGCCAGGGCUUAGCACACAGAACUGGGGCAGUGAGCAACUAUGGGCUGACUUCAAACCAUUCCAGCAUCAUCACUCACUUUAACCUGCAGGUGCAUCUCCAUAAAUAGCCUAAUCCAGUCAGAUGCUGGCUGAAAAUUGUGGAUCUUCCUGGAGCAGAGAAUCUCACUGAGAACCUGUGGGGUGGGAGUUUGAGAGAAGCCUCUGUUGAAGAAGUCCUUAUUGGCUUUCUACUGGGUUGUCAAUCAGCUGGCAUGUUACCCAUCUCCAAAUUGAAUGAUCAACUACAGGCUGAAACUAGGGGUGUUGUGAAGAUAACGCUUAAGAGAGGGCGUAGGUGAGAUGGGCAACCUCACUCAGGCCAGCUCAAAUGUAUGCUGCUGGAGCGUAGCCAGGAAGACUUCAGACAACGCAUGCAGGAAGCAUCUGAUUGAAAUGGGUGAUUCCAAAUUGACGCAGUUGCUGGAAGAAGCCCUGGCAAGACCAGGGUUAUUUUCUGCCUAUCUCCAACCUCGGAUUCUCGGCAUCUGGCGGCUGUGCUGAAGACCUGUAUAGCUCUCUCGCAAGUUAAGAACUUCCCUGUUUUAAAUGACUACUUUGUAGAGUCAUUGGGCAAGGAUCCUGGCCCUUCAGCACCGACCGUAUGAACACAUGGAUCUUAGGAGUGCCAUGGAGAGUGAGAGCAUAAGCACCCUCCGAGAACAGGUCCAGUGCCUCACCAAUGAAAAUGUGCAGCUGCAGGAUAGGAAUGAAAGACUGUACACAAAGCUUGGAGAACUGCAGGAGAAGAUGGGGAAGCUGGCUGGUUCCAAAACGGACUUGUCAUCCAGAUUGGUUUUCAGUGAGGAGGAGAAACUUAAGAUUUCUAAGGACCUCAUUGAUCUCCAGAUAGAGACAAACAAAAUGAGAGAGCAGUAUGAAGCAGAGAACUUUGAACUGAAAAAUAUGAUCCUGACCCUGGAGAACCGUAUUAUGGAGUUGGAGCUCCAUGAUGAGAAGGUCACUGGGGAGCAUGAUGCCCUACAGGAACGCCUGUACACUGUGGAGACCAAUCGCAAGGAGCUGGCUGAUGAGUACAUCAUUCUGAAAAGCAAUUAUAUGGCCCUGGUCAAAGAACAUGAACAGGAGGUUGCUAAGAAUGAAGAGCUGAGCAUAGAGCUGCUAAACCUGGUCAACACCAGGAGCUCCCUUCCUCAGUCAUGGAGUAACUACUCCCCGUCCCAAGCACUGGCCAAUGAAACCUCGGCUGAGCUGGAAAGGGUGCAGGCUGUGGUCCAGCGCCUCUCUGCCCGGAAAGUGAAGCCGGAAGAUAUAGUUGCCUCAGAACACGAACGUCGAAAACUGGAGAGAUAUUUGCUUGGAAACCAGGAUCACAUAAAAACUGAGAUUGAAAAGAUGAAGCAAACAUACAACUCUCAGCAACAGAAGCUGGAACAGAGAGUGGUGGCAAUGGGGAAGGAACUGCAGCAGUCCAAGAGAGUGAUUCGCAAUACUCAGCACAAACUGGUGGAGCAGUCAGUGGUGCUGCUCACCUCUCAGAGCCAGCUCAAAGAGGUGGAGGUUGAGAAUUCCCAACUGCAACUUCAGCUGAAGGAACUGAAUGAGGAAUAUCGCUGUCAUCUUACUCAGUACAUCAAAGACCUGGCGGAAUAUAUGGACAGCAAAUCAAAUGCUUCUAAGGGGCCUAACAAAGUACCAGCUGACCAUGCUUACAUGAAGCUCUUUGUGGAUGGCAUGCUGAAGGACAUCCGGGCUGCCCAUAAAUCUCGGGAGGAGCAGCUGGCUGGAGCUGUGCGUGGUUACAAGAAGCGCAUGCAGAACCUUGUCAAGAGGCAUGAAAGCCUGCUGAUUGCUUAUAGGAUACAGCGUGAGCAGAUCCAGUCUCAGGGCAGCAGCGAGAUGGACCCAGGCCCUCCUGAGUUCCAUUUCACCAUCACAGAUUCUGAGCUACUGACAAGCACAACCCAGGAGCUAAACCAGCUGCGAGAGGACAAAGCAAAACUAGAGAGACAGCUGCAUGAACUGCAGGAGAAGAAAAGACUGAGUGAAAGCUCUGCGCCAGGACCAUCUCUUCACCACAAGCUGGAUGAGGAGGGCUGGGCAGAGAUCAGGAAGCAGCUCCAGGAGUUCACAUAUAACACGCAGGAGGAUCUGGAGAAGGAGAGAAGCCAGCUGAUGACUCAGGCAAUUGUGGCAGAAGAGCAGGUGCUGGAGCUGCAGGAAUAUGUAGAUAAGCAUCUUGCAAGGUACAAGCAGGAGAUCCUGAGGUUAAGGAAACUUGUAGGGAGCGAGGCACCCAGAGCAUUCAGUGCUGGGGCUUCUGAUCCUCACUUAAUGCAGAGAUCCAAAAGGACCACCAGUCAUGAACUGUAGCUUUUGCCAUGGCCCUGACAAGCAGCAGUCAUUAGUUCAUCAUAGGAAAGACAAGGAUGUAAAACUGAGUGGCUGCCUGGCUGUAAUAUUCAGUGCUCUGUCACACCAAGAGAUAAUCACUCCAGCAAGUGCUCUUCAUACUGGGGCCCUCUUACUAGAGGACUAGGACUUGCUGAGAAGGAAAUCAGCAGUAUACAUUUGACCCUACAGAGGUAAAUAAAUUUACUAAAAUCAGAUCAAAAUUCAGUGCUUUGUUCCCCCUUUAUCUUGUUUUGUGAGGCUUCCCUCCCUCCAGCAGGCCAUAAAGAUUUCCCUUUCAUUGCAGAAAUGCUCAGUAGCUGCAGAGCACCAUUGCUGGUACCUCAGGGUGGUGCAGCACCACAGUGAGUCAAACCAUCACCAAAACUUUAGUCUACUGCGGAGCUGGUGGACUCAGCUUACUAUGCACCUGAAUUAACAGGUUCCCUUCACCUUCUGCUAGACAGUUGCCUUUAGCAUUGUAACAGCUGCAAAGUGCUGUGCUUCACCGGUGCUAACUCCCACCACCUUGCCCCUGUCUGAGCUGGAGAGGAGUAGAGGUAGGGUUCAGGUUAGGAUUUGAGCUCAGCUGCUCUUAUGCACAGGGCACUGAGGAGACUUUUCAGCUCUGCACUCAUGGUGAAUUGUUCCAUGGAGAAGGACCUGCUGGGUGGUGAUUGUGAGGAAGACCUACAGGGAAUUGAUUUCA